AGUCAAUCUUCGAAACCACAUUUCCCCCACAUACUUUCCAGAGGGACAAGAUAUAGUAGAACUCAAGGAAGAUGCCCCCCAAGCAAAAUGACGACGAUGUCAGUCUGCCGAAAGCGACUGUUUUGAAGAUCAUUCAAGAGCUCCUGCCGGACGAGAUUUCCGCCUCUAAAGAAGCCAAGGACGUGAUCUUCGACUGCUGCACCGAAUGGAUCAAACUCAUCUCGACACAAUCCAACAUGGUCUGCGAAGCCUCCUCCAAGAAGACCAUCUCUCCUGAACAUGUCGUCGAAGCCCUCAAGCAAUUGGGAUUCGAAGACUUUGUGGAACAGGUCGAGGUGUCGAAUGCCGAUUUCAAACAGGCUCAGAAGGAGCGUGUCCGCUCUCAGCCCGACACCAAGGGUAUGACUGAGGAGGAGCUGUUAGAGCUGCAGGAGCGCCUGUUCGCUUCUAGUCACGCUCGUUUCGGCGGCAACGGCAAUGCGCAAUAAAGUCCAUGGCUAUGGGAUUGGAACAUUCAGAGUAUCGUGUUGUAAUGUUUAUUUGGGAUCUGCGUGUCAUGCAUUUGUAUUCAAC